AUGGGAAAUUUAGAGCGACAAAUAGGGCAAUUUGCUAGUGUCCAAAAUACUCGACCAGUUGGAGCCCUUAUAAGUGACACUGAGGCUAAUCCUAAAGCACCUAUUAAUGUUGUGUCAUUGAGGAAUGGAAGACAGUUAGAAGAAGUCCAGUCGAAAAAAGAGAAAACAAAAAAAUCAAAGGAGUCAAAGAAGCCAGCUGAAGAGGCGGUGGCUAAGAAACCCCCACCAUUAGUUGCGAGGACACCACCUCCGUUCCCUCAGAGAUUGCAGAAAGUGAAGGAUAAUGUCGCUUAUAGAAAGUUUCUUGAUAUUUUAAAGCAUGUGCAAAUCCAUAUUACAUUGGUAGACAUUCUGCAAGAAGUGCCCAAAUAUGCUAAAAACAUCAAGGACAUAAUGGCAAAUAAAAGGAGGUUGACCGAGUUCGAGACGGUGGCACUCACUGAGGAAUGUAGCUCAAGAAUACAAAGCAUGCUACCUCAGAAAUUGAAGGAUCGGGGUAGUUUUACUAUCCAAAUUUUGAUUGGUAAACACACAGUCGGGCGAGCCUUGUGUGAUCUUGGAGAGAGCAUCAAUUUGAUGUCGCUAUCUGUGUUUAGACAUUUGGGGUUGGGUGAUCCGCGUCCAACCACGGUGAUUUUGCAAUUGGCUGAUCGCUACCUUGCUCAUCCUGAAGGUGUAAUUGAAGAUGUGUUAGUUCAAGUGGAUUCUUUCAUAUUCCCUGCCGAUUUCAUUAUCUUAAGCCUGAUCAGGAACUCCCAUUUAUUUUGGGGCGUCCAUUCUUAG